CUGUGAAGCACCUCCGUUCCCAGUCACAAAUGUCACUCCCCAGCUGCUUGAAGACAACCUUUUCACCCCAGGAGAUUCAGUUUCUCACUGAGAACGAGCCGAUAACGAUACUCCCCCGUUACACGAUGAAUGGGAUCGAGCUCAUCACCGAUAACAUCCCGAGUAUAAGGGCGAUGCAACGUCUGUCAGUGCCACUGUGGUUUGCGCUAAUCCUGAAGAGGCAGAACAAGUGUUCCCUUGUUCCACCGGACUGGCUAAACCUGAAAUCCUUACAGGAUUUCUACCAAUAUGAAGUCAAUGAAUUGACCUCAUUUGCGAAGCUGCCUAAUAACUGGCUGGAACAGAGCAAGUUGAUAUUCGAAUACGCGAGUGAUGACAUCAACGAUGAAGUCUACAAGUUGAAAUCCUUGGUUCAGGAUCUCAAGGAGAUACGAAUGAUCAAGGUGCAAAAGGGUCUCCAACUUAUAAAUGAGUCCCAUCUGCAACUGGAUAACCUUUCUCUCUUGGAGAUCAACGAGAUCCGUCCAUUUGUCGUUGAAAUCAUGGGUAAGCUCACGUCUCUUGACAAGUCAACUUCAACUGGGAUGGAGCAAGACGAAAUGCAGUAUGGAGACAACGACGGUGACAUCGAGGAUGACCUCUGAUUCUAAUCCGACAGUGCAACCCCGGUGUGAAGGACAUGAACCCAAACAACAAAGUCUAACAUUGGCACUUGUCAUCAUACACUAUUCGCGUUGCAACGGCAAUAAAUACCCAAUUCCCACUAAAAGUCCCAACACCUGGUCAAAGGCAUAAGGGCAUCAGCAGCAACGCAAACAGCUAAAAGGGUACACUAUUAGAAUGAUACAAACACUUCAUUACACGAAUGUAUAUCUUUUUGCUAUAACCUUCAUUAAACAAUUAAUUAAC